GGCGGGGCUGGGCGGAGCGGAGCGGGCGGCAGCGGCCGGCGGGGCCGAGUGAGGGAAUGCACGCGGCCAACAUGGCUGCGGCCGGACGGGCCGCCAGACCCCUGGUGGCGGGCAGCACGCAGCUGAGGGUCCCGCUGCGCUGGAGGGGGCAGGUGGCUGCGGCAGCGCCCAGCACAAAGCCACAGGCAGAGCCAGAAACACGGAAACCUAAAACGGGGAUCUUGAUGUUGAACAUGGGAGGUCCAGAAAGGCUGGAUGAUGUACAUGACUUCUUACUGCGCCUCUUCCUGGACCGCGACCUCAUGACGCUUCCAGCACAAAAUAAAUUGGCACCGUUCAUCGCUAAGCGCCGCACACCACGAAUCCAGGAGCAGUACAGCAGGAUUGGAGGCGGGUCGCCCAUCAAGAAGUGGACGGCAGUGCAGGGAGAAGGCAUGGUGAAACUGCUGGACAGCAUGUCUCCUCAGACCGCACCACACAAGUACUACAUUGGCUUCCGAUACGUGCACCCUCUGACAGAGGAAGCGAUUGAGGAGAUGGAGGAUGACGGCAUCGAGAGGGCCAUCGCCUUCACGCAGUACCCGCAGUACAGCUGCUCCACCACAGGAAGCAGCUUAAAUGCUAUUUAUCGCUACUACAAUAAAAAGGGGAAGAAGCCAAAGAUGAAGUGGAGCAUCAUUGACCGAUGGCCCACACACCCCCUGCUCAUACAGUGCUUUGCUGAUCACAUACAGAAGGAACUGGACCUGUUUCCACCUGACAAAAGGAAAGACGUCGUCAUCCUUUUCUCAGCCCACUCGCUCCCCAUGUCUGUGGUGAACCGUGGUGAUCCUUAUCCACAAGAAGUGGGAGCUACUGUCCAGAGAGUCAUGGAGAAGCUGAACCACUCCAACCCCUACCGACUUGUCUGGCAGUCCAAGGUUGGGCCAAUGCCUUGGCUCGGUCCACAAACAGAUGAGACAAUUAAAGGACUGUGCCAAAGAGGGAAGAAGAACAUGUUGUUGGUCCCCAUAGCAUUUACAAGUGACCACAUUGAAACACUGUAUGAACUGGAUAUUGAGUAUGCCCAAGUUUUAGCAAACGAGUGUGGUGUUGAAAACAUCAGAAGAGCGGAGUCCCUUAAUGGAAACCCACUGUUCUCUAAGGCCCUGGCAGACUUGGUCUGCUCACACAUCCAGUCCAAUGAAAUCUGCUCCAAGCAGCUGACGCUCUGCUGCCCGCUCUGCGUGAAUCCUGUCUGCAGGGAGACCAAAGCCUUCUUCAGCAACCAGCAGCUGUGAUGGGCAGACUGUCCUGUGCAGGAACUGUCCUGGUGAAGCAGUGCUUGGCCAAGCUCUCCUGUGCUACAUCCUUAUUCUGGUAGUCCCAGCAAUGGUAACCUCAUAGAGCAAUGAGGAGAAUUUUAUUUAGUUGUUUUUUUUAGUUUUUUUUUUCUUAUGUAUCCUUUAUUUUAAGAAGUGUUUGUAGCAAGUGGUUUUAUCCUGGGAGAUGUAGAAAGGUCUCAUCUCAUCUGAUUCUGAUUGGACUUAGCAUGAGUAUGCACUGAAAAACUUUAAAAAAAAACAAAACAAAAAAAAACCCAACAGGGCUUUUAUACAGGUUGGCUUAUAUUUCCUAUGCAGGGAUUUACUUGUAUGCAAUUUUGUCAUGAGUGCAUUAAUUUCAGUUUUCCAGAUCAAGCGUACGAUUGUUUUUGUUUAUACUUAAGGCAUAGCAUUAUUAGUGUAGCCACCAGUUGCUUCUUCUGACUUCAGCUGGGUUGGAAGAUCAAGUGACCUCUAAUGCUUUUUAAAUAACUUGUCUGUUUUUUUUAGAACAUAAAGAUAAGGUUUGGUUUUGUUUUCUCCUGCUAGAAACUUCCCGUGAAAGCUUAGAACUCAUAAGGUUUGUUUACAUUUUCUAGAAAAGAAAACCACUCAUCACCUGCAGGAAAACCCCUGCAUCUGCAAAGCAUAAAGAAAUCAUUCUGGUUGCUGAUGCUGCAGAAUGUGCACAGCGCGUGCUUCAAAUCCAGCACACACUGAAACAUCUUGGUUCAUCUUCUAAGCAAAAUGGCUUUUUUAUCAUUAUUACAAAGGGCUUUCUCUGGUUAAGUAAGUGUAGGAAGUUGGGCUUGUUCUCCAGCAGGUUUAUAGAUCUGCUCUGUGCAUUCUGCUGUGUCACAGCCCUGUGGUUUUUGUGGAUGCUAAGGAAUUACAUAGGUACAAUUGAUCUAGCUUAAUUGAUGAUGCUAUUUAAAAGUGAGAUGAUAAAUCAAGAGUCAUUUACAUUGCAGAUGUCCAAGCAUGCAGUGAGAGGAGAGCAGGCUGCCCCUCACACUGACAGCUGUGUUCUUAGCAUACCUCUGUCAGGAGCUGAAUUCCAUCUGUUCAAUUUCUGGCACCAGUGGUGAGCCUGCAGCUGCACUCGUAGCUCACCUGUGCUUAUUGCUCAUUGGGCAGGAGUCUGGGUGCACCGGAGCUCCUGCAUCCACUCCUAAGCAGCAGCAGUUCCAUGGGGUGAGAAAGCUUUUAGGGCUUAAUCAGCACUGACAUGCCAGUCCUGUGGCAAUGCAGGGUGUUCUGUAGAGUGGUGAUAGCAGCUCACUGUGAGGUUUGGGAAGCAGGUAGCUUGCUGCUCUUGCAGUAAUUUUUGCUUAUGUAACCGAGGCAGGAGCAGUUUGAAUCCCUGAUCUUUCAAGGAUGGGAUUGUUUAAAAAGCUAAUAGACCCGUGUUGGUAUAACAGGGACUUAUCUUGUUCUGUUUUAUGCUAGAAGAGUUAACUAGGGGAUAUUAAAAAAGUAAAUGGCCACUGUGUUGGCCAGCCAGCAGCCUGGGCAUUGCCAUGGAGCAACACAAAUCUUGCCCCAUGAGCAUCCACGGCCUCAUAUGCCUCAAGGGUUGACUGAAACCCCUCCACUGCCAGCUUGCAGCUCCCAGCGUGGCUCUGGUGAGACAGGCUUAGUCCUCAGCACCAGAGCCUGCUGUGUUGCUGCUGUAGCACAGAAAUCUUCCUCUGCCUGCAGUAUGUGUGCCUCCUCUUGGGGCAGGAGAAGCAGGGACAGGCCUGCAGGUGCCCGGGUGGCAGCAUGCUCUGCCCAGGGCUGUGGCUUCCAGAACCUUGCUGUGCUUUCAGUGCUCUCUGAUUAGCAGAAGUGUGUUGUUUUCAAAUAGCAUGAGAGUCUGUAGGGCAGUUUUUCCCUGUCAGCGGACACAAGUAGAGAGCAGGCUCUUGAGUAGGACCAGUGGCAUGGCAGCUGGGUGCUGUCAGCCAAAGCUGUCUCUCUCCUUGUUUGCCUUCAUACUUUUCAGCUCUCUUGGCACAAAGGGCACCUGAAUGCCUGCAAUGCUGCUGGGAGGUUGGCUCCCUCCUGCCUUCUGCUCAGCCCCUGGGCUCUGCUUGGUGUCCCAGCAGGAAGAGGGAGCAGGAAGCUGAUCCCUGCCCAGGUGCAGUCUGCAGGGUCAUUGCAUCAUGUAGGGCUGAAACUUCCAUGGAAAGACUUCAAAUAAAUGCCAAAAGAAUGAUGAAGUCAGCAGCGAGUGUGGACAGUGAACUCUGGCCUUAUGUCUCUUGUUGGAGGAAUCAUAGAAUUACCAAGGUUGGAAAAGACCCACAGGAUCACCCAGCCCAGCCAUAAGACUCCUCUCAAUCCCCACUUCCCUGUGUGAUGCUUGUGGGUGGGUGGCAGAGGGUUUAGUCAACCCUUUCUGCUCAUGCCCCUUUCCUACCACCUGAUGGCUGCGGCCACCUCUGUAGCUGGGAACCGAAGGUUAACUUUACAUGAUCGUGGCAGUGCAAUAAAUACAGAUUGGCUUUUUAUUUCCAUACUGGAGAGAGUACUGAAAAUACUAGCUGGCACUAAUUAUGAGGCAUUACAUAAAAGGUAUUUAAAAUGCACUUUUUAGUGAGCUAACCGCAAGCGAGAUAAUUACUAAGCGUCUUUAGCCAUUGUUGCUAUCAGACCAUAAUGCAGAAAUCACUUAAUUUUCCAGCUUUUAGCAGAUGGAUCACGUCACAUACAGCCGGUGGGUUGUUUCAUUUUCCUGAAUAGUUCGUUGUGAUAUCACCCUGUCCUGUUAUUUAGCGCACGUUAUUUCAUCGUAGAGCAGCACCAAGGGCCUGUCAAAAAGCUUUCUGAGCAAGCUCUGCUCCUAUUUUUUCAUAGGAAUUAGUUUCUUCCCCUUGCACUUAGAAAUAAAUCUGAAAAAUGAAACCGAAGAGACUGACAACAGUGGGAAUUUAUCUGCCAUUGAGAUCUCCUGGUCCUGGGCUUCAUCUGGGGGCAUUUCCCACUGUGUCUUUCAGCAGUGGAAUGCACUUGACCUUCCUUUGGAUGCUUCCAAGCUGGCUGUCCAUGUCCGAGCCGCUGCCCCAGGUCCUGUUUGUGGUCAGGGGAUGUUUUGGGGCAUUUUCCCCUCCAUUCUUGUGCCUUCCUGCCAUCCACACUCUGCGGUGCUUUGUAGCUGCUGCAUUUCACAGAAUCACAGAAUUAUCAAGGUUGGAAAAGACCUAGAAGAUCAUCUAGUCCAACCAUUUGGGAGGCUGUACUCUGAGCUGUGCUGCUGCGCAUUCCGUUUCCCCCCUCUGACAGAUUUUCAGCAUUUGGUGCUAUUAACUCAGGACCCGUUCUUGUCAGAUCCUGAGCACUUGGCUCUGAUUGAAUUGUCAGCGCUGGGGGAGACCGCCAUCCUCUGGCAGUAAUCUAGCUUGACUUUUCAUUAUCAAUUAUAUUCCUUGUGCAGAACUUCUGCGAGUGUUUGUCAUUUCCAUCUGCCUUGGCAACGCGCAGCAGGGUGGGAGUGUGGGUGACGUUUUACCCCUUCAGGGUUCCAUGAAAUCUGGCUGCAUUUUAGCAAACAGGACAGCUUCCAGGAGCAGUGCUGUAACACUGAACAGCGCGGGGAUAAUUGCAGUGAGCUGGGGUCAGAGGGGUUUUCUUUGGAAUAUUUUGGAGCUCAUCUUGUGUUCCUCUUCUGCCACACCGAGAGAGAGAUGGGAAUCAGCACAGGGUUUGAGGUGCAGAGGAGAAAGGUGUUUUCUUUGGUUGUUUCAUGCCAGAUGUGCACAAAUACUUGCAUUUAGUCUACCAUGUUUAUUUCGGAUUCAACGAGGACUUCCAUGUAAUGUAACGAUUUGUAUAACCUUGCUGUGUGUCAUGUACCGUAACAAUGGAAUUUCAAUUAAAGACUUUUGGAGGAAAAUGGC